AUGAACAUCCCCCUCAUUCCUACCCAUAGUCUCUGGGAUCUCGCCAUCACCCGCCACAAUCUCACUCAACUCCGUAAUACACUUCAACAGUAUGAGGAGAAACUUGCCACACUUGAACCACAAAUUCAGUGCCUCAGGCGAACGGAUGAUGUACGCUGCGCAACGGAAUCUGACCCUACCCUAUACGGCCUCCAAACCACAGCGGCCCUGGCCAGUCUAAGUGUCUUGUUUGACGCCCAAGAUCGCUCCGAGAACCACAUUGUAGUCCUGCAAGUCAAAAUCUACGAGGUGGAGAAGCAGCUUGGAGCUCUACUCCAGAUGUGGGGAGUACUGGGAAGGGAGGCAGAAGCGAUAAUAAAGUCGAAGUUCAACAUGAGGCCAGUGUGGGGGCUGCGAGAAAAAACGAUCGAGUUGAUGACAGAGUUACUUCAGGCUCAAAAGAAAGUACUAAGGAUGUUGGCGGGGUUUGGAAAUGUGCAAUCCGAGAUUGGAGGGGAUGGGGAUAGACAGGGGAUACCGAUAGCACUUUUAGAGGAGCUGAAAGUCGCAGAAAUGACAGUAUUGAAUGCGGAAAGAUGUGCGAGCGAAUGGAACUCGCAGGUUGAAAAAAGAUUGGAGGAGGUAGUUACGACGAUGUGA